CAAUUCUGGUCUUUGGGUUCUUCGAUGAUCACAAAGCCGCCAAUCUGGAAUCUUAUGCCUAUUUAAAUCCUACCCAGCUUUCUCUCGAGGAGUCUCAGCUCCUCCCUUCUGAAGAAAUCUUGGCCUUUAUUUCUUCUUCUUCUAUCAGUUACCAAAACCCACUUCUUAUCUUUCUCUAAUUUGAUUUAGUGGGCAAUUCAAAUCUGCUCACAGAGAAAGAUAGAAGAGAUGGGUGGUGCAUAUUCGAUGCUUACUCAGUACGAUAUCGAGGAAGUUCAGGAAUACUGCGACAAUUUAUUCUCUCAGCAAGAAAUUGUAUCUCUGUACGAGAGGUUCUGUCAGCUUGACCGGAAUUCUAAGGGUUUUAUUUCUGCAGAUGAGUUCUUAUCCGUGCCUGAGUUCUUCAUGGACCCCCUUUCUCAGAGACUGCUUAAGAUGGUGGACAGUUUGAAUUUCAAGGACUUCGUCGCCUUCUUGUCAGCUUUCAGUUCUAAAGCCAGUAUUAAACAGAAAAUUGAACUUAUCUUCAAAGUAUAUGAUCUAGAUGGCGAUGGCAAGGUGACUUUCAAUGACAUAUUAGAUGUCUUGCGGGAUUUGACGGGUUCAUAUAUGUCGGAGGAGCAAAGAGAGGAAGUAAUGACCCAUUUAUUGGAGGAAGCUGGUUACAGGAGGACUUCUUCUUUAUUGUUGGAUGACUUCGUCAAGAUUCUUGACUAUCCUGGACUGAAGAUGGAGGUUGAAGUUCCUGUCGAAUAAAUCAACUUAGAGAAGCUCUGCCUCACCUUUAUUCAGCAUGAGUUAACCCAGAAAGGAGACUCAAUGGCAACUUAGUAACAUGGCUUGAAGCAACUGUCUAUAAUCUCUUCUUUAUUUCUUUCUUUCUUUUUUUCCCCCCUUCCCCUGAACAAUAAUGAAUAAGCUAUUCAUGUAUCACAGGGAAAUUAAAGAUUCAGAUUUUUUUUUUGUAAAUUUUCCCUAGUAUAUCUAUCCAUUUAUCUGACUCUUGCGUCUCUGAAACGUAUUUUAGUCAAUCCAGCUUAUCUUUGUAAUCAA